CUGACCACAAAUAGCUUUCCAUACAGACCACGACUGAGCGCUGCUGUCUGCAAGGUAACCCAACCCCGCUACAGCCCUCCGGCGGGGCGCAGACAGCUCGGAAGCACUCGAUGAUGCCAACUUUAGUGACGGUCUUUACCAGGUGGAGAUACUCAGAAUAGCUCGACAUUGACUGAUCCAAAUGUCAAAGACCCGUGUUGGAACAUUCGGGCGUCUCAUAAACAUAAAGUCAACUGCGUCACACUACUUUACUGGAAACCCCUUGCCUAUAUUAUAUAAAGAUUUGGCACUUCGUUAGUGACAUAGGUGCGCGGACAGCAGAGAAAGACACUUGGCAUUGAACAAUCUUGGACACACAAGCACGAAUUACACAACUCUGCUUUUUAAAGGGGUGUUUGAAUUGAAGUCACAAUAUGGGACAACAAGGCUCCAAGUCCUCCAUAGAGGCACGGGUGGUUUUUCAGCGCGUUGGUGCAGUGGACAUGUGUGAGAAAACGGAUGCAUGUUGUUCUCCGGCCUCUGUUGUCCGCAUUCAAAAGAAGGUGACAGGCCAGACGGCUUGUCCUCGCUCUUCCCCGCGGCCACUGGAGAAGUCAGCGGCCCAUUCUUGGACCCAGAGCCGCAGUGACACCGAGGGACUGGUGUACGUGAUGGACAAUCCUACCGGUGGCGUGUGGGUGAAGCCGGGAGAGAAAUGGACCAGAACUUGAUGCAACAGUCAAAUCCCCAGGUGGAAUUAAGAUGGAAUUAAGUGAAGCACCCCGUGCUUGGACGCACUCCGUGUGUCCUUAAGCUCUGGAGUCUUUUCAGCAGGAUGCUGCUGAUUUGGGUUCCUUGGCUGAAGUGCUCUGUGGAGUCGAAGUGGAUUUAAAUCGUCUCCAGGACAUGAGUUGGCUGGACUGAUCACUGUAAUGUGUUGAUUUAGUCUAUAUGAGACAUUAUAUUCAGUGUCAGAUUGCAGUGGAAGAUCGUUAGUGGUGAUGAAGAGUGUCAGUCAUGCGCACUGAGAAAACGUAUUUUCUUUGGAAACAGCGUAAUUGUUAUGUGUCUGUUAUAAUAAUAAAUAAAGUCUUUAAAAAUGAUGUGGAGCGGAUCAAAUAAAAGAAGGGAGUCCGGGUUAAGUCACUAGAGAGUUGGAUAUGUUUGGUGAGCAUUGUGAGAACAGCUAACAUCAACCACUUUGCUGUUUAAAUGAACUAGUGGCUCGUAAGCACAGUGCACUUUGGCACAGUUGGCCACCCUUCCAAUGACUGACAGAACUUCAUUUAUUUUUCCUUCCUUUUAUAUUUGAAUAUCCUGUUUUUAUAUACUAUAUAUUGAUGGCAGUUUAUUAUUAUAUUGAUGGACUUGAGGUCAAUGACCCACUUUUAUACUUAAGACUGGAUGUUUGUUCAGUAGGUCUCUCACAGCAGCAUAGUCUCCUUUUGUUUGUGAGAAGCUCUGAAACGUUGAGGUUGUUUGGGGACAGUGGGUCUGAGCGAUACAAGAUCCACUUGACCUUUCACAUGUAUGUCAAGAGGAUGGUUGGACUGUGUGAAUGUUUGAAACGUAUGUUGAAAUGAAGGAUUUAACGACUUUAAAAAAACACCAUUAUUUUCUUUAUUUUACAAUAUAGAGGACUAUAUUGCUGGUUCAGUUAGAAAACUGCAUUUCUUUCUUUAGCAGGUGAAGUCUGGAUAUUGUUGUUUACCCAUUGAUUGACAUUUACACUGAGGCAACUGGUUUUAAGUGAGAUUGCAAUGCGUGAACUGUGUCAAAAUGUAAUUUCGGGCAAAUUAUUGUAUGUGUGCAACAAUGUAUCCAUGGCAGCAUGGUCCUAUAUAAACAAACAAACUAAUGACUAUCUUUUUCUAAUUUAGAAGCGUUUUACUAAAGUGGAUUUCAUUCAUCAUUUACAGCAAUAUACUUUUCCAUAUGGCUGAUUGUCUUUUCAAUGUGUGUUUAGUGAACUAGCAGAAUGUCUUCAGUAAAAUAACAGGAUAACCUUUUGUAACCUUUAUUCAUGACAAGAUUAGUGUCACUGCUUAAAACGCGGGUGAACAAUAUUGUUUUAACAGAUGCAAUAAGUUUGCAAAACUCUACUCAUACAGCGUAUAUAAACAAGGGAUAUCCUCUGGGUGGUACACACUUUGCCCCCUGGUGUGGCGCCUUAUCUGUGAGCGUGAGUAAGUCAGUCAGCGUGGAGCUAAUGGCUCAUCUAUUAAACUCCGGGCAACGCACAAAGCAAACACUGCGUCAAAAGAGCACUGUACUUGGAUUAUGUGCCUUUCCCACUUGAGUUGACUGUUUUUAUAUCUCCACGUCGCCAUGGGACUGCAAGGCUCUAAACCAGAGGCCCAAGUUAUCCUUCUGGGCCUGGACAACGCUGGAAAAUCAACUCUCCUCUACAAACUGAAGCACAAUAUGUCCGUCAGCACUGUUCCUACGAUCGGCUUCAACGUGGAAAUGCUCGAGGCGAGGAAGAACAGGAAGAGCAUCGCCAUAACCCUGUGGGAUGUCGGUGGCCAGGGAAAGAUGCGCGAGCACUGGCCGAGUUUCCACCAGGACGCGGCGGUCGUCGUGUUUGUUGUGGACAGCUCGGGCAGGGAGCGUCUGGGGGAGGCGCGGAAGGAGCUGGAGAAAACACUGAAGAGCGAGCAGCUGCGGGGCCGUCCGCUGGUUCUUCUCGCCAACAAACAGGACGUGAACGGCGCUCUGACUGUCACUGAAAUCAAGGACUCGUUUAACCUGAGGGAGAUUUGCUCAGGUCGGGAUUGGUUCGUUCAGCCCUGUUCAGCGUCGACGGGAUUUGGAGUUGAAGAAGCUUUCAGACAAGUGGUGCAAAUGGUCAAAUAAAAAAAAAUGAAAGAAUUAACAUUUAUUUGUACGAAAUUAGAUAUUUUCAAAACAUUGAUUAUAUGACACGUUCAUUUUGAAAUAAGUGUGUAAAUCCAAACCCCUCCUUACCAACAAUAAAUCAUAUUUAAUGAGAUCA